AUGGAGUUCUUCGGCUGCUGCGGAGUGUUGCUGGGCAUGAUCCUGCCCGCGCUGGCGGAGUCAGAAUGUGCCUCCAGCCCAGACACAGGCUGCUAUGGGUACCUUUUCCUAGCGCUGUGCUUGGGGGGCAUGUUUACGGCCUCCAACUUGUUCCUUUGCCACCACGUGAAGGAGCGGCCCUGCGCCAAUCUGACGGACGAAGCAGAAGGCUUCGUGCCCUCCAUCGUGGGCUGCCUCAGCAACUUCCCCUUCUUCAUCCUCCUCAUCUCAGACGUCGUGGAGGGCUUUGGGGCGAAUUUGCCCCUCCUAGUUUUGCCCUACGUGAUUGACUGGGUCGUGGGCAAGGAGGCUGCAGAAGCUCUGGUAGGCUCUGUGGGCACUCUCUUUGCCGUCGGCGUGCUGGCCCAUAUGGCCGUUAGGGUGCCGAUGAACUUUGUCUGGCGCGCAGCUGCCAACCGGUGGGGCAAGUACCCCGCCUACUUGGCCUACGAGAUCUUCUACGGGUCGCACAUGUUUCUCUUCCUCUUUGUGACCAAAGGCUCUGCUCUGCUGGGCGUCAUCCUGUGCGCUACCUGGGGGAUGGCCUAUGCAGGCCACUGGCUGCUCUUCGAUUUGGUCUCCGACGUGGCGGACUACGACGAGCUGCUCACCGGCCAGCGCCGCGAGGGCCAGCUCACGAUGGCAAGGGAGCUGGUGCCAAAGAUCUGCGAGAUCCCGGCGGACGCUUUGCCCUUCCUGCUGAUGAGCUACUAUGGGUAUAACCCGGACUUGGCGGAGCAGAACGACACCGUGAAGUGGAUCAUCAAAGGGUCCAUUUCGCUCCUGCCGGGCAUAGCAGGCCUGUCCGGCACCGUGGCAUUGCUAUGGUUCAACCUGCGGAAGCAGGAACAGCAUGAUGACAUCAUCCGAAGCUUGCAUAGACAUCAAGCCGGGCUCGUAGCCACGGAUCCCUUGACGGGGCUGCGGCUGCCGCCCAUCAAGCGCUCCGCAGGCUCCGUCGAGUUUGAGGGCUCCACGAUAGCGCGAGAGGCGCUGAUCAUCAUGGACCACUUCUUUGCCAGCGAGAUCAAGUGGGCCUGCGAGUCAGGAGUGGGCAAGCUCAAGGUGAAGCCUUUGGUGGCUCUGGUCAUCUGCAUCCUCCUGGCCGUCCCGGGCGUCGCCCUGGCAGCGGUAGGCUGGGAGACUCUCAGUGCGGGCGAGGGGUCCCUGGCUCCUGUGGGACUCAUCUUGGUGGGCUUCGCAGUGAUGGGGGCACUCUUCAGCGUGGCGCGGCUGCGGCAAGCGUGCCGCGCCGCACACCUGGUGAGCAAGGAGGAUUUGGAGGUGAUGCUUGCCAUUCACAAGUCCCGGGGCCGCAUUCCAGGGGGCGUCAAGGCUACUGGCGACGAGUGA